UUCUUAAAACGCCCCAUUCACACAGAAAGCUUUACGUUUAUGCAAAAGAUCUCAAGGCAUCUUUAUGUAUUGCACUCAUUGUAGAGCAAGCACCUGCAGCUAUCGUCAUAUCGUCAGAGCAAAGCAAGACUGGAGAAACACAGUAAUGAUGGAUAAAAUUAUGUAUUGGAGGAUUCUGAAAGCAUUUCAAUUGGUUCUUCUCUGCGAUGCGGCGUUGAAUUUUCCUACUGCCACCUGCUGGACUUAUCACUACUCUUCAAAGAACAUGAAUUAUACAGAGGCCCGGAAUUAUUGCCAGAAGGAGUAUACUGAUCUCGUGGCCAUACAGAAUAAAAAAGAAAUUGAAUACCUCGAAACACACAUCCCUAGAAAUCCAACAUAUUAUUGGAUAGGAAUAAGAAAAAUUAAUGGACAUUGGACUUGGGUGGGGACCAAUAAAACACUGACCCCUGAAGCAACAAACUGGGCAAGUGGAGAGCCGAACAACCAGAAAAGCACAGAGGAUUGCGUAGAGAUAUAUAUAAAGAGGGUGAAGGAUGCAGGGAUGUGGAACGAUGAUGAUUGCAGAAAGAAGAAGAGCGCACUUUGUUACACAGCUUCAUGUGACACAACAUUAUGCGGUGACCACGGAGAAUGUGUUGAAACAAUUAACAACUACACGUGUAGCUGUGAUGACGGAUUCUAUGGCUAUCAUUGUGAACAUGUCGUACAAUGUCCAAGAAUAUCAGACACACCACAUGCAUUAAUCAGCUGUAUCCAUCCUUGGGAAAAAUUCAGUUUUACAUCAUCUUGCAAGUUUGAAUGUGAACAAGGAUAUGUACUAAAAGGAGCAGAAAAAAUUGAAUGUUUAUCAACUACAAACUGGACUGCGCCACUGCCAGUCUGCACAGCUGUUAAGUGUGAAAAUCUAACGAUUCCUCAGCAUGGCUACGUAGAUUGCGUCCACCCUCUAGCGGAGAACAGCUAUAACUCAACUUGUGAAUACAAAUGUUUCGAUGGAUGGAAAUUACAAGGUUCUAACAUAACAGCAUGUGGAAUAUCUGGUCGGUGGGUUGGGCCUACUCCAACCUGUGAAGCUGCUAAAUGUGAAUUUCUCCAGGAUCCCACACAUGGCUCAGUUGCGUGUGAGCACCCAUAUGGAGAGUUCAGCUAUGAAACAACUUGUCAUUUUGAAUGCUCAGAAGGAUGGAUAUUAAAAGGUUCUAAUGUAACAAAGUGUAGAUCCUUGGGUCAGUGGACAGAUGUAAUCCCAAAAUGUGAAGCGGUGCAAUGCAAGCCUCUAGAAAUCGCAAAAUAUGACUUCAUUAACUGUACGCAUCCUUUUGGAAAUUUUACCUUUGGGACAGUGUGUGAGUUUACCUGCAAUAAAAGUGGAAUAUUGGACGUGUCCAAUAAAACUGAAUGCCAGGCGUCAGGAGAAUGGUCGGAGGACAUAUUUCUCUGUGAAGCAUUAGGUGAGAUAACGUUCAGCUAUGCUCCUACUGGCCACAGUAAAACAGCCGUUAUCAUUGGCGGAUCAACAGCCGGAAGCAUCUUGGCUUGCACUAUCGCUGUGCUGCUUAUAAGACAAAAACUGAAAAAAGCAAGACAAAUUAACCGUGAUAUCCUCAGCCUGAGAAUGGUAGAAUGUUAUGGGUAUGGUACUUCAAGAACAUCUAGUGGGCCACAGUUGGACAACCAAGAACCAGAAUAUUCCUCAUACCAUAGGAUGGCCACAUCACAAGCUUUCCAACAAUCUUGGUUUUGGAAAAAUCCCUACUAA